AUGUAAGGUGCAAGAUUUGUAGAGACCAACUUAGUAUAGAAAAUGCUUAGAAAUCAAAACUAUGAUUACCAUAAAAGGAAAUUAGAUGAAAUUUAAACGGAGUAAUGAUUAUCUUGUAUGGCUAAUAGUAAGAAAGCAAGAUAUGCUUUUAAGGAUUUGCCUAUUCUUAGUAAAACAUAAUAACUAAAAGCAUAAUCUUCUAGAUUUUAAAAAUCAGAAUAAAGAAAAAGAAUUGAUGAAUAAAAUUAAUAUCUCAGUUCUCAUAUAAUUGAAAUAUAAGAAGGUAAGAACUCUUAAUUUAGAUCAAUUUGGACAGUAUAAAAUUUGAGAGAGAAAGCAUAUGUAAUGGAUUUCAAGAGACUUUUUAGGCUGACACUUCUCAAUGGUGUGAAAACACUUUGGGUAAAAGACUUCAUUCUCCUUUAAGAAGGAAAUAGUAAUAAAAGAUUGAUGAAGAAAAUUAAGAAUUACAAAAAAGACUUGAAUUAACCAAAUAAAUUUUAUUAGAAAAGUAAUAAGAACAAAUAUCGAAAUAUGAAAAACUUCGUGAUCACAUGACUCGAGUAUUAAAAACUUAUUUAAGUAGAUUAAAUCUAAGGGACCUAAUUCUCCAAUGAUGAAUACUCAUUUUCCAUCAGUAAAGAGUAAAAGUACUACUUAAUUUGUGAAUAAGCCAUAUUAAUCUGAUUCAAUUAUUUAAAACAAUAGAACAAAUGACUUGUUAAAGUCUGAAAUCAAUAUAAGCAAAAUAUCUAAAAUAGAAUGA